CACAGGAGGAAAAAGCUUAAACAUCUUUUGGAAGAAGAAGAAAUACAACUUAUUAGGGAAAUAGAAAUCAAGCAGACGAUGAUUGAAUGUGAAUAUUGUAAAAAAAGAGAAAGCAAAAUAGUAAAUUACGAGGAAGAUAUUGAAAAUGAAAAAGGGCGCGAAUGUUUAAAAGCUCUUGAAAGAGAAAAAAUAGCUAAUGGCAUGAAAUGCACAAGAGUGGAUGAGAUUGAACUGCGAAAUAUACAAAAAAUGCAAAUGCACGAAAAGAAGUUAAUAGAACAAAAUCAAGCGGAUAUCGAUGAAAUAUGGCACCGGAUUCUUUUACAAGAUGUUAGAAUGAAGGAAGAAAAAGAAAGAGCCACAGCAAACAGAUUAAAACAAGAAAUGUGCGAACGUCGAAUGGCUUACGAUGCGCAAAUAGCAAGCGCUAAUAGAAAAAGACAAGAAGCGUUACAAACUGAAAGAGCAUUCGAAAACAGGCGGUUGGAAAGAAUGAAGGAGAAGAUGGAACAGGAUUACUAUGAUGCAAUCAAAAGAAAAAAAGAUCAGCAAAUAACGAACAAACAAAACUUCAUAGAGGGACACCAAAUAAAGUUAUCGCGGAUAAAAAGUGAAAAGAAACAGGAGAGAGAUAUAGAUAUAAAUGCAAUUCGAAUCGCAAAGAAUGAGUUGCGACGAGAAAAUCAAAUGAAAUUGAAUCAAAUUCGAACGCUUAAAAGACAACAGGAUAUAUUCGAAGUCAAUUUGAAUUACGAAAAAAAACAGGCAGAAGAAUUAGAAAAAGAAGCAAAUAGAAUAGUUCGUGAAUGGAAAGAACGAGGUGAAAAAGAAAAUGAUGAAUUUGUUAAAAGAUCUGAAGCGGAAAAACAAAACAAUAAACUCCAAGCAGCACAAGAAUACAAGCAGCACAUAGAAAGAAUUAAGCACGAAUUAGAGAUGAAAAGAGAGGAAAGAAAAGCUACAAUGGACAGAGUAAAAAGGAUAGCGUACGAUGAAUUGCAAAGAAACCUGGACAGUGCUAAUGAAGAACUGAGACGCCAGAUGGAAUACAGGAAUAUAUUGACAAAUCAAAUAAGCGAUAGCCAGAAAAUUAUGGAUCUAGAAUUAAACGAAAUGGAGAGAAAGCAACUACCAUUCACAAAAAAGGCGAUAAUGUUUGAAGAAGCGAUGAAGGAUAAAGUAACCCACCCAAUAAGUGAGAACCCCAUUCAUCCGUUUAAGAAAACCAUGCAGAUGCAUCAAACUCCAUCACUGCCGAAUAUCAGAAAAAGUCGAUUUUGAUAUUUGUAUUUAUUUAAAAAAAUAAAAACCUACUGACCUCA